CGCAGGCGGAAGGUGGGAGCGCGGCGCGGGCGGGGGGCGCGGGGAUGGCGCGCUGGGUCGGGGUAACGGGCGCGCUGCUCCUCCCCCUUGGGAAGAGGCGCAGAGCCACCCCCGCCCGCCUCCUUGCCCGCUUAAGUGUUGCAUCGCUUAAAGUCGGGUUUGCGGCGGUGUUUUUGUCUUUUUUUCCAGUGCGCCCCAGCUGCGCAGCCGCGGGGCGGGUGCGUGGGGACCGCGCCCCGCUGCGGGACGGGGCUCGGAGCUGCCUGGGCCGGCUGUGAAACGGAUGUCAGUGGCUGCUUACUGUGUAUUUUGCUACAGAAAAAUAGGAACUUCUGGUCCAGCCACAAAAAAACACCUACCCUGGAAUGAUAUCAGAAAAAUUGCAAAGGUAACUGGAUCACUUAUAAUAGGAGGCUUUGUAUUCAUUACAUAUGAAGUCCUGUCCUUAAAUAAGUUACUGCAAAUUGAUACUCAAGCGCUACAUCAAGAAAAACUUAAAUCCUAUGUAUACGUACGUACAGCUUCUCUACGUCCAAGUGAAUAUCAAGGGUUUACGUACAAAGCCAGAAAAGAAAUCCAUAAAGCAGUGAGGAGAAUUCUAGAAACAGAAGCUAAAAUCUUCCGGAGACCUUUUAAUGAACAAUUUGGUACCUUUGAUGGAGAAGAUCAUGAGUGUGCCUUAUGGCUUCUCUUAAAGAGAAGUCAGUCAGAAGACAAAGCAAUCCGACUGCAGGCUGUACAAGACCUGGCAAGCAACAGUCACUGGCAUGAUUAUCAGUAUGUCACAGCUGCUCAAACCUGUGAUCAAAGGACUGCUAUAGGUUUGGCUCGGUCCAAAGAUGUUGACCUUCGCUUUUUCCUGCCUCCACCACCACUGCCAAAAAUAAAGACUGACUAUCCCAUAGAAGAUGAACUUCGCUUGUUGUUGGUAUCUUUACCUCAGACUGGUCUUGAUCCGUGUGUCCAGUACUUCACAUCUCUUGCAUUACGUGAAAGUAGCCAGACUCUUGCUGCACAAAGGGGAGGCUUAUGGUGUUUUGGAGGAAAUGGACUUCCAUAUUGCGAGACAUUGGGUAAAAUCCCUUCAGAGACAGUGGAACUCUUUUGCUUGCAGGCUUUAGUACAGCAUUCUAAGAUUUCUUCUCACUGUGAUAAAAUUGAAGCUAAAGGAGGCCUCCAGCUGCUGCAGAGGAUAUACCAGCUACGUAAAGAUUCAGCCAAGAUACAGAGGAACAUAAUCCGCAUUAUUGGGAACAUGGCUUUGGAUGAACGUCUUCACUCAUCCAUAGUACGUGCAGGUUGGGUUUCUGUACUUGCUGAAGUAAUGAAAUCCCCACACAUCAUUCAGUCUUCUCAUGCAUCCAGAGCUUUGGCUAAUCUAGACAGGGACAUGGUGAAAGAAAAAUAUCCAGAUGGUGUUUAUGUCUUGCAUCCACAAUAUCGUAGCAGCCAGCCUGUCAGAGCAGACAUCCUUUUCGUUCAUGGACUUUUGGGAGCAGCAUUUAAAACCUGGCGACAGCAGGACAUUGACCGGCGUUUGGAUAGAAAGGCCUCAGAAGGGGAGGAGGACUAUACUCAGUGCUGGCCAAAGACAUGGCUUGCUUCAGACUGCCCUUCCCUUAGAAUCAUAUCUGUGGAGUAUGACACCCAUUUGAGUGACUGGAAAGCAAAAUGUCCUGUUGAGGCUCAAAGGGAAUCUAUUGCUUUCAGGAGCAGUGAGCUGCUUGACAAGCUCAAAGCUGCUGGGAUUGGAGACCGACCUCUGGUGUGGGUAUCCCAUAGCAUGGGUGGUCUUCUAGUCAAAAAGAUGCUGGUGGAUGCUUCCAAGAAUCCAGAAAUGGAUAAAAUUGUAAACAACACCAGAGGAAUCGUAUUUUAUAGCGUACCUCACCAUGGUUCCCAGCUGGCUGAAUAUUCUAUAAAUGCCAGAUAUCUCCUCUUCCCAUCUGUGGAGGUUAAAGAGCUCAGCAAGGAUUCUCCUGCCCUUAAAGAGCUGAAUGAUGACUUCUUGUCUUUUGCCAAAGACAAGAAAUUUUCAGUGCUGAGUUUUGCAGAAACCCUACCAACACACAUAGGCAGCAUGAUAAAACUGCAUGUUGUACCUGUGGAGUCAGCAGAAAUAGGAAUUGGAGACCUUAUUCCAGUGGAUGUUAAUCAUCUGAAUAUUUGCAAGCCAAAGAAGAAGGAUGCUUUCCUGUAUCAACGUACACUGAAGUUCAUUCAGGAUGUUUUAGCCCAAGAACUGUGAGACUGAGGUUUUGCCAUCCUUUCCUGCUUCUGUCCUGUGUUUGGUGUAACACAGAAACUUCUAACAUUUGUUAGGGGAUCUGUAGAAUUACAAGGGUGCUGUGUCAAUCAUAUCUGCUGCUGAAUAAUUUCCUGUACAUCUUGAACUUUAGACACCUGUCCAAUUUCUUUCUCAAAAUACAUUCAAAACAAAUACAAACUUGGCAAAAAGAAAGUGUGUGCCCAGGGUAUCUUCUUUUAGCAAAAAAACCCCCAAGCUUGCUUUGAAAGCAGGUAAAUAUACACCUGGGAUAAAAUCCUAUAGAGAGGUUUAGAAACAAUGAAAUGAGGUGGUUAUUUGUUGUGUCAAAGGGGAGAAGCAGCAUGUGGCUGCUGCCAAGUUUUGGUUUACUGUCCGUGUUAGGGAAGCCUGACUGGAGCCUGAAAAAUUAGUAUUCAAGUGAGUGAAGGUAGCAUUUUGACCUAGUGACACAUUUUAGGAGGUUUUGUCAUUUGCCUUUUAACACAUCACCCAGAUUGGUCAGCAGACACAGCAUCUGUUUUUCUGCAUAAGAAAGAGACAGGUU